UUAAUCAUUAACUACACUUCUAAUCUUCUUAUGUUAAGUCUGAGUGACUUAAGUUCAUUUCGCUUCAGCAUCGUGAGACGUGAGACGUGAUUUGUGUUGGAACGUGCGGUUUUUUGUCACGUCAGGCUUUGACGUUGUCUGAGGAAGCCUAAUGACAGAAUGUUCCAGAAGGCUACAUGCAGCAACAUUUACAGACAUUACUGACUGAAUUCUGGUCUAUGUACUUAAACGAUGAGCUACCUGGCCCACUGGCAGUUCUUUGGGCUGGUACUGGCAGUACUGGGAUUGAUCCUAAUGAUUGCCACCACUGGAGUGGAUGAUUGGAGGGUGUGGUAUGUGGACGACGUGUCCGUCAUCACCUCUGGCACGGCCUGGGUCGGCAUCUGGAGGGCUUGUUUUUAUAGCAGCAUCCUGGACACGGCUAAAUUCUGCCGGCGCAUAAGCAUCACAGACUCAUUCAUUCCUUCAGAGAUCGCUGCAGCGCAGGUGCUGUGUAUGAUCGCCGUCCCUGUAGGAAUCGCAGCAAACCUGAUUGCAGGAUACGCCAUGAGACUUGACUACUUCAACAUAGAUGGAGGGCACGUCAGACUUUUCUUUUUCUCAGCAGGUGCUUUAUAUUUCCUUACUGCAGCGUGCGCGCUGAUUCCUGUUUUCUGGAACAUGAACUCGGUGUUCGAGAAUCAUACAAUUGAUUUCCCACCAGAGUUUCUUCUACCUCCUGCACCAUAUAAACAGGAGCUCGGUCUGGGCAUCACAACAGGAAUCGGCUCCUCUGUUUUGCUUAUUAUAAGUGGGCUGCUCUUCCUGUUCUACAGGCAAACACGUAAACCCAGGAAACACAAAGCUGAGGGAACUGGAGGUAACACGAACCUCAGAACUGGUGCUCUGGACACUGAGAAUGUGAGAGAAGGCAGAUAUAACCCAGUAUUCAAGAUAGAGGAAAAGCUGUAAUGUAGAUUUAUGGAUCCUAUAUAAUGCUAUUUAAACAUCUUUACCUUACACUUCCAACCAAUCAGAUUUCACUCCACUCUGUCACAAAGUUUAUAUGGUUUUAAAAAUUAGCUGUUUCUUUACCUUUUCCAAUAUCUCCUACUUCUCAUCAUGGUCUAUCCUAAAUAUAGUUCAAAUAUACAGUAUACAAGAAGGGAGAUGUGGAAGCCUAGUGGUUAAGGUUUGACUAGCAACUGGAAGGUUGUGGGUUUGAAUCCCAAAGCUGCCACUGUUGGGCCCUUGAGCAAGGCCCUUAACCCACAAUUGUAUACAAAUGAGAUAAAAUGUAAGUUACUCUGGAUAAGGGCUUCUGGCAAAUGCCAUGAAUGUAAAUUAACACCGUCUGAACAAUCGGAUUUCAGCAGCACUGUGUUAUGGUGAGAUAUAAUGCACUUUAAUUAACACUCAAUUCAGCAUGUUGUACUGUUGUUUUUGUAAUUUUUUUUGCAAUUUGUUUUGUCUAUGCAGUGUAGUUUUUAGCAUUUUCAGGGGUCAGGGCUGCUGCUGUGCUGCAAAAUCACAGGAUGUGCCAUUACUUUUGGGUGUAGAGGUGUUUAGUUUAACAGGACUAAAACAUCCUUUCUGUUUUUUUGUUUUGUUUUUUUUUUCUUCUUCCAUUUGAAUGAUAAAGGAGGCUGAACCAAAAUGCAGUAAUGGCUUCAAUGAGAAUGUUCAUGUUGGACUCAUUUUAAAAAUAUAUAGUGAAGAAGGCUUUUGUGUUUAAAAGUAUGCAUUAAGAAGAAUCAUAUUAGAAUCAAGUGCAUUAUAUCCCAGCACAGUGCUGUGGAACUCUCUAAUAUGAUUGGACAGUUUAGAGGAUUUUCUGCAUCAGCUCUAUAAUAGUUCUGGCUGCAUGUCAAAUGUCAAAACAUUUACAGAAGAAGAAGAAAAAAUCUCAACUGUCUGUUUCUUAAUGGUCAGUGCAUUGUACUUUCCGCUUUGUUUUUUGCCUUUAAGAGAUACCUGAAUACAGGUAUUUUUAAGAGAGAUUAAAAAAGAGUGAAUUUUGGUAGGAAAUGUCUGUAGCAACUUUCACAGAGUGAGAAACAGUAACUAAGUUGAUUCCUAGAUGUUCCUACAACAUUAAAUGCAGCUUUAAACAGAUGAAGAGUGUCAUUCUUUAAUGGAAUCUGUUCAUCGUUACUUAAUUACUCUGGUAUUAGGUGAAUAACACUUGAUGAUGUAAACACACUUCAUCACAAUCCGCUUGCAUCACAAUCCGCUUGCCGAGCCUGAUCAUAUCACUCGACUCUCUAAAAGCACACUCCAUUUUGUUUUAUUUCUUACUUCUUAUUUCUUGCACAUGAGUUAUAUAAACAGCAAGCAGAGCUAAGGGCAUGAAUUACACUUUGAUGGAAAUGUAACUCACUGCAUGGCAAAAUGUAAUAAUAAUAUUGAAGAUGCAGAAUGGAAAUCGACUUAACAGGCAACGUCAAUCAGCAUUAACAGUCUUGAAAUUAAAAUGAGUUUGAUUUCAGCAUUUACAUUGAGGAUAUAAGGAUUUCUGUGAAAGAAAGCUAAUGGUUUUUUCUGAGUUAAUAGCUAGUAGUUAAUAGCUAGUAGUUUAGCUAAAAGAGAAAUACUUCUGUUUUUAAAAAAAUCUUAAAUUCCUGUAAAUGUCUGUCUGUACAAUUCAGAUAUUACAUAUUGCAUGUGCAUCCUUAGUCCUGAACUCUCCAUAUGCUAAUUACAUUCCCACUCUCUCUUAAUAUAGAUGACUUAUAAUAACAUAGAAAAUGCAAUGACACUAGACUGUAUGUAAGGUUUCCAUUUCCUCUAAACUACAUUCCAUUCCUAUAUUAGUCUUCAUUCUGUACAUGACCAUCAUUUUAUUAGUCUAGUUGUUCUACAGAUUUUCUCCCAGUUUAUAGUAAAUAUAGUCUAUCCAUCUGCUCUCUGUACUUCUUUUCCUACAUCAUGUGGAAAAUCUGGAGCCUGUCCCAGGUAACACUGGGUACAAGACAGGAGACACUCUGGACACGGUGCUAUCCCCAAGCCAAGUCAAGUAAAGUGGUCAUGUUAAGAAGCUUUUAUUGUAAUGCAGUUCAUAGUAAAAUGAAACAAUGUUCCUUCAGGACCUUGGUGCUACAUAAAGCAACAGGACUAAUGGGUAAAAAGUAAAUUAACCUACGACACAAUGCAAACAGACAGUACUAUACAAUACAAUACAAUAUAAUACAAUUUAUACGUGGACAUAAUAUUUGACAGCAGCAGUUUGGGGCAGCAUUAAAAUGUCAUGUGCCAAAAGCCACACACACACACACACACACACACACACACACACACACACACACACACACACACACACACACACACACACACACACAAUUUAUAGAUGCCAGUUAGCCAAUAUAGCAUAUAUUUAGUCUAGGGGAGGAAAUCAGUGGAAACCCUUGAAGCACAGGGCGAACAUGCAAAGGUGAUUGGAAUCAAACCCCCAACUCUGAAGGUACAAGGCAAACAUACUAACCAAGACACCAUGUCCACCUGCAAUAAAGAUGUUUAGUGUUAUUGCUCCUGUCAUUGUAAUAAAUGUUAAUCUCUUAUCUGUAGCAAUGACUGCAUGAUGGUGCUUGUGCUGGAAAGAUUAGAAGCUUGUUUCAGCUUUAUCUCUUUUUUUUCUCUUCGUUUAUUUUGCCAACCAAUGGUCUUUUGUGGUGUUUACAUAUAUGAGCUUGUUUACUGUCAUAACGUUCACCAGACCAUGAUUCUCAUAUACAGAGAUAACAGAACUAAACCUCUCAUCUGCAGUCAGACAUUUUUCAUGUGACUCUGGUUUAAAUUUAGCUGAUUUGUGAAUAGAGGGAUAAAAUGCUUCCUACCUUGAACCAGAGGCUUUUGUGACCCCUGCUAGGACUGGAAUGAAGCUUUAUCAUUAGCUCCCAGCACGACACCAUCCCUUAUUACUGUAUUUCAUUGUUGCUUUGCAUGGCUUAAUCUUAUUAUACUUGAAUUGAAGAACAAUUCUGAUCAAUCCCACUGUGAAUAACAUGAUUUUCUCUUUUUAUAAAACCACAUAAUCCUUCUGAUUAUAUGAUAAAGGGAGAUUAAUUAGUUCUUGCAGAUUGAAGCUGAUUUUAUUUUCUCUUUGCAUUGCAUUAUACUAGCAUUUGUUAUGUACAGUAUUUUAGGUUAGAGAUACAGUUCUGUGCAAAAGUAUUAGACACUGAUUUUGUCCUAGAUGUUUCAUUUUAUGUCUUCUGCAUUAUUGUGUCUGGGAAUAACUUUUCAAAUUUUCAAAUAUAUUAUAUAUUAUAUAUAAAUACUUUUAAAAAAAAUCACAGAAAAUGUUUAUGGAAUUAUGUAUUAGACUACUCUCUUCAGACAGGAAAUGAAAGAUGGAUGUCAGGUUUUGACAGUUAGAAAGAUCCAGAAGUAUUGAGGCAGAUUCUCCAGGCUGACAUGUAACAGUAACCUUUGAUUUUCUUAGAAAACUGCACUAAACUUUUUUUUUUAUCAAAGAUUUUUAUUUCUAUAUUUAUAUGAAAAGAUUAAAUGACUAUUUUUAAGGGCAUAUUUGUUUUCUUUAUAUGUUUACAGUACUGUAGAACAGUACUUUUUAGUAUGAUCUGAGGAUUGGAUGGAUAUAACUGAAUAUGAAUCUGUUCUUAACAAACAGAAAAUAUAUUCAACUAUAUUCUAUUCUGACCAUAUUUCUAUAAGCCCAAAAUCCACAUCUAUAAAAUAUAUUUAUAAUACUGCCUCCCUGUAAAACACAUUUUUUUAAUUUAUUGUUUUUUAAUUAAUGCAGGUCUGGCAAAUCUCUUUUUAUAUUUCUUUCAGGAAUUCAGCAAUCCGAAAGACCUGAAAGUAAAAAUGAGCAAAUAUUAUUAGCUGGCACAUUUUUCCACUAUAAUCAACAGUUAAACAGUGAGUUAAACAAUACUCUGAUGUCUUGAAACCUAGUCCCUUAACCUAUUGUGUGAUGUUAGAAAGAAAGAGUUUCAGAAAGAUUCAUUUGGUUAACACUAAUUAUCAGCUCGGGUGAGGUUGAUAAUCUGAAGUGUAGAAGGUCUGUAUUUGUGUAUUGUGUGUUUUGAAAGUAUUUUUAGCUUCACUUCCAGGUCAACUCCAAAUACAGAUACAGAUACAGAUACAGAUACAGAUACAGAUACAGAUAUGUAUUGCACUAAAUUGAUCCAGAUCCAGAUGAUAGCAUUGUUUUAAACUCAUAACCCACAUGUCUGUAUCUGGCUAUUUAGAUGAUCUUCAUAUGAUCACAUACUAUCCACUGUGUUUUUUUAAAUCUAUUCAUUAAUUGUAAAAAUGUAAAGCAUGUUAACAUAUUUGAUUUGUGAAAUAUAGGUCUUACAAUUAUUUUUCCCCAAGUCUUCGGAUUUAUUCAUCAACUCGUCCACUUUACCUAAAAGAGACGAGAUGUGGGAUUUGCAAUUACAUAUUAGGUCUUUCAGGUAUUUUUAUUUGUACUCCAGUUACAAUAAAGCUCAAAAAACAAUGUUUUUUAAUGUAAUUAGACAUUUACCCAUGUCACACAGAGUACUGUACAAAAGGCAAGUAUCAUAUGUUAUUUAUAUAAGCAUGUUCAUCCUCAACAUCAAUCUAGAGUUAAAAACAUCUGGAAGUCGUCUUAAAGGCCAAUAAAAUACCUUAACCCUAGUCUUAUGUUCACUCUUUGGACCCUUUGGUACUGUUUGGGUCCAAUUAACCUGGGAUAUAUUUGGGAUUUUAAAAUCACUACACAAAAAGUCUUUCACAAAUAAUGUCUUUAUCUCAGUGCCAAACACAUAGAUUAUAAUUUUUAGAGUCGCUAAAUUACAUUUAAUAAUGAAAGGAUAAUUUGUUUUUGUGAUACAUUUAUAAUUUGUCUAACAAAUAUAAAUAGUAUAAAUCUAGAAAAAAAAAGGAAUGAAACAAAGUUAGAAUUAAUUCAAUUUGAUUUCAAUUCAAUUUAUUGAAUUUAACUGAUAUUGUCUCAAAGCAGCUUUACAGAAGCAUAGAAACAAAUUAAACAGCUUAAAAUUAAAUUACUAUUCAUCUCUAAUAACUGUCUGUAAUGAACAAGCCUGAGGCAAUCUGGAAAGGAAAAACUCCCUGAGAUAAUAUGAUAAAGAAACCUUGAGAUUAACCAGACUCAGAAGGAAACCUCAUCCUCAUCUGGGUGAUUGUCAGGAUUGUGUUCAUUGCCAGACCACCAGAGGAAGUGCUGAUAGAUGUUUUAUCAUAUCUGUAAGAAAGAUUCCUCCUCGCACUUGUCCGCAUCCCUUUAUCUCUGCAAAACAAUAGGAGCUCCGGAACACUGAGAGAACAAACCACACGAGUGAAAUCAAAUCUGGUUUAUUCCAAACAGCUGCUCAAAGAACUGAGCGACAGAACAGAAUAUAUACGCAAUGGAAUACAGUAAGCUAUGGUGUAUGAGAUAAGGCGGGGGGAAGUAUUCUCAACAUAGAUAGGGGUAUGCCAGAAUGCUGCAUCCUCACAACUAUUAUCCAGGCAUUGAAGGUCAGAAAGCCUGUACAUGAGCAAAGAGAAACUGAGUGUCCUGCGAGUAAUCUCACAAGCAGGUCAGCCUAUCUUGUCUUUUUCAUCCUGUCAAGAGCACUAAAAGAACAGGAUAGACUCAAACCAAGAACAUUAAAUCAGAAGAGGUGAAGAUGACAUAUAACACAGAAAUACAUUUUUACAUCCUGCUUAUGUUUGCAGAAACACAGGGUACAAAAACAAGAAAACAAGAACACACUUAUCACAGGUCAGCAUGACCAGCGUGGGGAGAACAUUCCUUUCGACAAAGAAAGAGAAAUGUAGAAAGAAAAUGAAAUAAGCACAAAAAUUAAUUACCGUAAAGAAAAUUCAUUUCAGCAAUAUCAUAGUCUGUUUUGCUUGUCAUGUGUUGUUCCCAGGUUUUGUGCAAUGCCCUUUCUAUUGAUCUGUUUUCCUGCUUUGGUUCCCAUUUCCCCUGAUGUUCUGCCCUAUAUAUACCUGCCUUGUCACACCUGUCUAUGUCAGUCAUUGUGUUUGUGUGGUACAGUGCAAUGUAUUCAGGUAUCAAUUGCGGUAGUUAUGUUUUCGUUUCUCAUACUUUACAUGCAAUCGCUUUGUAUUUUCUCUACGUCUUGUUGUAAGGUUAGUUUUGUUUGAUGUUAAUAAAGCAGUGCUUCAGUUUCA